AUGGAUUUCUCCCAGUUCAACGCCGCCGAGCAGGCGCACAUGUCCAAGCUCAUCGAGCGCAAGCAGAUGCAGGACUUUAUGCGUCUCUACUCGGGUGUUGUGGAGCGGUGCUUCAACGCCUGCGCUCAGGACUUUACCUCCAAGGCGUUGACGAGCAAUGAGACCACCUGCGUCAACAACUGCGCCGACAAGUUCCUCAAGCACUCUGAGCGCGUCGGCGCCCGCUUUGCCGAGCACAACGCCGAGCAGAUGAACCAGUAG